AUGAAAAUUCCAAGUGUUGAUGAUCGGAUCCAUGUUUUGGAUGACCAAUCGAACGUAUGGACGGUGAUCCGGAAAAUCGUAAGCAACAACAAUCAGGAUGAUGCCUUUUACGUCUUGGAUGUCGGAGAUAUCGUCAGGAAACAUCAGGAAUGGCUCGAAAAACUACCUCGAGUCAAGCCGCACUACGCUGUCAAAUGCAAUGAUAGCCUUACAGUUCUUGAAACUCUCAACGCCUUGGGAACUAACUUCGACUGCGCUUCAAAGAGCGAGAUUAACAAAGUACUCAGCAUGGGUGUGGAGCCCGAAAGAAUCAUCUUUGCCAAUCCCGCCAAACCUUCCAGUCAUAUCAGACAUGCUGCAGCUACUGGUGUUAACACUAUGACAUUCGACAGUGACACUGAAUUGCACAAAGUUAAGAGUCUCUUUCCUGAAGCCAAGUUAGUAAUUCGCAUUCGUUGCGAUGCCACUGAUGUCCAUUCUCCACUGGGAAACAAAUUUGGUUGUGAUCCUAUCACUGAGGCUCCGGAACUUCUUCGAAUCGCCAGAUCCCUUGACUUGGACGUCGUCGGUGUGUGUUUCCACGUAGGCUCCGGAUGUCGUGAACCGCCGGCUUACUGUAGGGCUAUUUCAGCCGCAAGGGACAUAUUUGAUUUUGCCGAAACCUUGGGCUACAACUUUUCUUUACUUGACAUCGGAGGAGGAUAUCUUGGUGGAAAAGGAACUAACAUCCAUCAGGUUUGUCAAAUUUGUUUAACAUUGCAAUAA